CCAUCUUGGCCAAUCAGCGAGGGCGAUACCCGGAAGUGAAACCGCGUCCUGGAGCCCGGCGGCGCCGCGAGUUGCCACGGCAACGGCCGGCAGGAUGGCGUCCGAGGAGCGGGAGUGGGGCAGGCGCACCGCCCGGCUGCGGGCCGAGCUGGAGCGGGAGCGGCGGCUGGAUGAGGCGCUGCGCGCGGCAGAAGAGAACAGAAAGCAAAGAGCUCUGCAGCUGGAGCGAGAGCAAAAGCUGGCGGCUGAGCUGGCGAGGCGGGACCUCGAGAAAAUUAAAGAUGAGAAGAUCAGGCAACAAGUCAGAGCAAACAGUCUUGAACUUCGAGAGUUAGAAAGAAAGCUGAAAUCUGCUUAUAUGAAUAAAGAACGAGCUGCACAGAUUGCUGAAAAAAAAGCUAUAUACAAUGAGAAAAUGAAAUGGGAGGAUGAAGUAGCCCAAGAGAUGAAGGAAGAGUAUGACAGGUAUCUGAAAGAAGAAAUGUCUGCAGAACUGAGGCGAAACCAGGAGAAGAAAACGUACCAUCAAGAACUGGACAAACAGGUUGAGGAACAGGAGAAGAAGAAGCAAGAAGCUUAUGAAGAGUUUCUAAGAGAGAAACGUAUGAUUGAUGAAAUUGUAAAAAAGAUCUAUGAAGAAGACCAAAUGGAAAAACAACGGAAGUUAGAUAAAAUAAAAGAAACUCAGACAUAUAUUGAAGAGUUUAUAAAAGAACAAGCUAUCUGGAGGAAAAGGAAACAGGAAGAGAUGGAAGAAGAAAAUAGGAAAAUUAUGGAGUUUGCCAACAUGCAACAACAAAGAGAAGAUAGUUGGAUGGCUAAAGUUCGAGACACUGAGGAGAAAAAACAGAGAGUUCAAAACAUGGUUGCCAAGACCAUGGAAAGAGAAGAACAGAGACGUAAAGAAUGGGAACAAAUCCGCCAAGAUCUGUAUCUGGAAGAACAAGAAGAGAUGGAAAGGAGGAAGGAGAUGGCAGAAAUUGAAAAGAGAAUAAGGCAGCGCCUCGACUUACAGCAAGCAUACGAAAAGCAACUUGCUCUAAAGGCAGCAGCACAACAAGCUAUGAGAGAAGAGGAGGAAGCUCUCCGGCAGCGGAUUUUGGCCAAGCUGGCCGAGGAAGAUCGCAUUGAGCAGCUGAACGCGCAGAAACGGAGAAUGAAACAGCUUGAACACAAAAUGGCUGUGGAAAAAAUUCUUGAGGACCGUCGCAAACAGUGUAUUGCAGAAAAAGAGCGUGAACUUGAAGAAAGAGAGCUAGAGAAGAGAAGACAAGAAAGUAUCCGUGCAAUUAUUGAAGAGGAGAGACAGAAACUCUUGAAAGAGCAUGCAUGGAAAUUGCUGGGUUAUCUUCCUCGAGGAAUACUCAAAGACGAAAACGACAUUAACAUGCUUGGAGAAGAUUUCAGGUUGGCUUACCAGCAGAGAAGAGGAAAACCCAUUUCUAACAGUCAUGAAGCAAGAAUAAACGUACUAACCAUGGAAGGAAACUUACCUGCUCCCAUUUCAUUUCCAACUCUUGGAAUAAUAUCAUCAUCUUGACAGUCUGAUCUCCAUUAUUUGGUUUUACAACCUUGAAUUUGCUACCUCCAGAGCUGAAGCUUCUCAGCUGGGAGCCCCUGGAAGCUGUGUUAUAUUACUGAGCCCCUUGUCCUGUGAGCCCAACAUUCACUACAACAGCGGAGGCCCUUCAAGGCCUGAUGUUCCCCAGCACCAGCCUGAUCACAAAUCAGGCUGUAGCACUCCAGUGUGCUGGCCCACGUUGCCUCAGGUGCUCCAUUUUUGCUCACUGGGCCUCCUUUCACUGAAGGAAUUUACAGAAUUCAGCUGUCAGCCUUGAGAAGUGCUAAAGCAGAAAGCAACUGUUUCAUUGCUGCAAUAUUAAUCACAUAUGUUCACUGAUAAUUUUUGGUGCAAGUGAACAGAGAUAGCCACCUGGUGGAGCUGAUUGAGGACGUUUGAUACAUUUACUUGUAUAAAUAUAAAAGCAUACAUCCAUAAAAUAACUUGAUAGACAAAAAUAACAACUAAAAGAUUUCAUGACAAACCAAAUUACAUGUUUGAUAUACCUUGAAGUUGUUCUUUUUCCCUUACUUGCAGAGUAUGGUCUGUUCUGAGCUGUGGGCACAGAAGGAAAUUUCUUCUUGUUUUCUACCUAAAAGUUUUUUUCACAAAUUAGUGGAUUAUUAUUAUUAUUGAAAUACUUUUUGUCUCAUUUUUUCAUGGAUUUUUUUCUUCUUCAUAUAUCUAUACUCAAGGAAGUUUUCAAAGAAUACUUUUCAAAUUUUCAAAAUGACUUCUCCGUUUUAUUUGCAGUCAUCUUUAGCUUGCAACUUUUAUGUCUCUACACCCUAACUCUAAUACACCCUAUAGUCAUUGGCUCGUGGGAGUUUUUCCACACAUAAUAAAUCUAUGCAUAAGCAAGGCUCUGAGCUUUUAUCAAGGUAUUAAUUACUGGACUGUUAUCAUACCUUCAAAAAUAUGGUAUUUUAUGCAUUAUUUUAAUCUUAUAAGGUCCCCAUUGAAGGAAGAUUGAACAAUGUUUCUGUUACUUUCACACAAAUAUUCUUUAAAAAGUAGAGCGUUUUCUACUGUAUUCUGAUAAAUAACUGCAGAUGGUAUUUUAGAAGCUUCAGCUCACCUCAUGAAAGUUUCGAUAUAGUUGUAGUUAGAGACUAUUGAGAUUGCUCUUAAUAUAAUUUUUCAAUUAUAUUUUCUAAAUUCAGUUAGUCUGACUACUUGUUUAUUAUCUAGACAGUUAUUAUUAGAAGAAGGUAGUACUGCAUUUAGUAUUAUACAGGCGAGGGAGGGAAGAGAGCAAGAAACUAAUUAUGUUCUAAUAUUUUUCACUUGGAACUCUUAAUGUUAUGUUCAAAACACUAAACAUUUCUCUCAAUGCUGAAGAGAAAACAGAAUACAAAAAUUAAACAUUAUGUAAGUCCACCUGACCACCAGUGGCACUGAGAAGCUCUGGUAACACUGUCCCUGUAGCAUUGCUUUGGGCAUCACUUCCCUUUGGCUUGGCACCCGUGCAAGUCCUCAAAAACACAA